AUGUCGCUCUCUGAAAAGACUUCCCAUAGCCACGACCUUCAAUCUCGAGAGAAUAGUCCACUGAACCGUCAAGAGUCUUCCAGCGAAAAUAUCAAAACUGAUGUGGAGGCCUCUCCAGCAUCAGCUCCCGCGUUGACAUUCCCAGAGGGCGGGUUACAAGGUUGGUUAACGGUAACUGGCGGAUUUUUAACACUGUUCUGCGCCGCGGGAACGAUGCAAUCGUUUGGUGUCUAUGAAAACUUUUACACACUCAAUUCUUUGAGCGACCAUCCGCCGUCAGAUAUUGCUUGGAUCGGGUCUCUCCAAGGAUUUCUGUUGUUCGGUGGCGGGUUUUUCAGUGGACAACUCUUUGACCGAGGGUACUUCAGGCAUCUAAUGAUUGGAGGUAGUUUGCUGUUCGUUUUCUGUUCAUUCAUGCUUUCACUAGCAAAGCCACAUAAUUAUUACCAGAACUUUCUUGCGCAAGGAUUAGGCAUGGGCAUCGGAAUGGGCAUGCUGUUUAUGCCGUCGCUCUCCAUUGCCUCUCAUUAUUUCCGUCGAAGACGUGCACUUGCUAUGGGAAUCGUCUUAUCUGGUGGUUCCUUGGGCGCUGCUAUCUAUCCAAUCAUGCUGAAUCAUCUCUUUGCGAGUGUGGGCUUUGCAUGGGCAGUUCGGGCACAAUCCUUCCUUUAUCUGGGACUCUUGAUUAUCUCGAACUUAAUCAUGAAGACACGUCUACCAGCCGGUGGCAAGAAGGAUAUUGAUUUGAAGGGCCUCUUGACAGAUGUCCCGUACUUGCUAUGUACUGCCGGGUCAUUCUUUGUGUUCUGGGGCUUGUUUGUUCCGUACUUCUACUUGCAAUUAUUCUGUUCGAAACACGACCUACCAGCGAAUAUUGUGACCUACGGAAUCACAAUUCUUAAUAUCACGGGUGUGCUUGGACGGACGUUACCGAAUUUCAUGGCGGAUGUAUUUGGGCCUUUUAAUAUCGCAAUCGCAACGGGUGUCAUUACCGGAGCUUUAGUUUUCAUGCUUCUCGCUUCAAAGUCAGUUGCCGCGACCGUGGUGUUCGCUGUACUCUACGGCUUCACCUCAGGUGGAUUCGUCUCGGUUAUCGGACCAGUCGCAGCAACGUUUGCAAAGAAUAUAAAUGAAGUUGGAACUCGGAUGGGCUUUCUCACAUUUGUCUCGAGUUUCGCGAUGCUCACGGGAAGCCCAAUUUCUGGCGCAGUGCUGCACUCGCCGCAGUAUUUCUGGGUCAGGCCAGUAGUGUUUAGUGCUGUGGUCCAGCUGUUUGGAUCUGCGUUGAUCAUCAUCUCGAGAGGGAUGCAGGCGAAGAAGAAGGGUACUUGGAAGUUGUGAAUCACUGAUAAUGUUCUGAGCCAUGAGACAUGAUAAUAAUCCUUAUUGAUACUACUUGAUACUACAGAGUGAACUAUGCAUAGCGAGGGAACAUUGUUUUGCUUUUGCAUUGAUAUGAACUAUGUAACCUGACGCGUACCAUGUUGUAUUUAUUAACGCUACUAGAACCAUCUAAGUACUACAUCGAUGCUACAGGAACUGCGUAAAUGACUCAGGCAAUUAGAAGACCAUAAAUGAGAGCAUGCAAAGAAAGUGGGCAUAAUAACAGUAGCAUGCAUAGCACAGAAGGGAAGUAGAAAACCUGUUACGCCGAGACCUAAUCUUCAGCAUACAUCCAACGCUGCCCAAUCUGGGCAGAAAGCGCCGUUGCCUCAAGAGUCAGAGCAUCCAACUCGUCUUCAUCACCAUCGGCACCAACAGGCUCAG